AACGUAAACAUGACAUAAGUCAAAGUAAAAUUUUUAAUUUCAUCGACGAUUUAGUUCAGAGAAAAAAUACAGAAUUGAAGAACAAUAUAAACAAUCAGGAAGAAUAUAACGAAGAAUGUAUUGGCCUUAAAUCUAAAUCGUUUAUUGAGAUAAUGCUCGAGAAUGAAAAUCAGUUGACAUUUAACCAAUUACGGGAUGAAAUAAUUACUGUUAUAAUUGGAGGUCAAGACACAACAGCUAUGACGAACGCAUGUAUAAUAUUUAUGUUGGCUCAUCAUCAGGAUGUACAAAAUAAAGUGUUGGAAGAGUUAUUGACAAUAUUUUCUUCUGGCGAUCCCGAUCGACAACCUACCUAUGAUGAUUUACAAAACAUGGAAUACUUGGAACGUGUAAUCAAAGAAACUAUGCGACAUUUCCCCCCCCUCCCAUUAUUUGGCAGAAACGUAGAAAAGGAAACAAUGAUUGGAGGCUAUUUAAUCCCUGCAGGGUCAACGUUCCUAAUUUUCCCUGCUCUGUUACACUUUAAUGCGCAAAUCUAUCCCGAUCCGGAGAAAUUCAACCCGGACAACUUCUUGCCCGAAGCAUGUCGCAGUCGCCAUCCGUAUUCGUUUCUUCCUUUUAGUGCUGGUUAUAGGAAUUGCCCCGGUUACAAAUAUGCAAUGCUUCAAAUGAAAACAGUCAUCUCAACUCUGAUCCGGUCUUAUCGUUUUCAUCCGUCGGAUAAGUGUCCUAAACCAGAAAAUCUUCGUGUAAUGUUUUCAACGACACUAAAAUUUGUCGACGGGUGUUACGUUAAAAUAGAAGCGAGACCGUAAUCAAUUAUUGAAGCAGAUUUUAGAACCAAAAUUAUUUACACAUUUAUAUUGUACUGUUCGGAUAUUUUGUAAUGAUAUUAGAUAGGGUUUUGUUAUUUUUUAGAUUUUAGGUAUUUCGGUUAUGGUUAUUAUUUUGGCUUACCAAUUUGUCGGUGUUGUCUCGUUUUACUAAAUAUUUUCUGUAAACUUUUUAAGUUACCUAAACGCAUAUUCUCUCGGUUUUAGACAUCAUUAAUGUGUAAGUGUAUUAUAUUCUUCAUAUCGAUGUCUUUAUUUUUAGUUUUUGGACUUAAAUAACUGCUAAAAGCAUUAAAAAAUAUGUCAAUAAAACUGUCAUCUAAACACUGUUUAGGUCUUAUCGUUUUAAUCCGUCGGAUAAGAGUCCUAAACCAGAUAAUCUCCGUGUAAUGUUUUCAACGACACUAAAGUUUGUCGAAGGGUUUUACGAUAAAAUAGAAGCAAGACCGUAAUCAAUUAUUGAAGCAAAGUUUUUAAUAGUGUUAUUUUAAUUUAAUGUAAUCAUAUUAAAUAGGGUUUCGUUAUUUUUCAUGACG